ACAUCGUAAUAAAUAACUUCAUGCUGAGUUGUCAGUUAGGUGAAUGUGCUCUGGAAUAAUAUCCCUCCAUAACUCGGGCAUAGCAGGUCUAGCUGCUGCUUUUUAUUAAUCUCAGGCAGAACUACAAUAUUCCUGAUGUGAUUACAGUCCAGAUUCAGCAAGCAGGAGAUCCACGCCCUCUGGCUCAAGGCCUGCUUUUCUCUGCUCUUCCCCAACAAACCUGCCUGCGAUUGGCGCUGAUUCUCUCUCUCCUCCCGUGGCAGCCAAUCGGACCGGGAGAAGAGCCGUUAGUGUGAUACAAUGGGGAACACAACCCCGAGAUAGCAGCUGCUAUUGAGGAAGAGAGGGCCAGCAGUUUCAUCAAGAAGAUUUCGAGAGCCAAGAAAGAGCAAAGAAAAGGUUGUUGGACAGAGCAAAGCCGGGAGGUGUGGAGGGCUUUAAAGGGCAGAAGCGGAAGUGUGAUUCUGAUACUCUGUUGCAGAGAUGGAGGAAUCCCAAGAGGGUCUUAAGGAAGAGAAUGGGAAACCUUCAAUCUCGUCCAUACUGUCACAGGAGCAAACUGCUAUCAUUCAGGAACUGGUGAGUCAAGAGCAACUGCCUUUGGCAGUGAGUGGGUCUCCGUCUAGCAUUUCUGAAGAUCUAUCUCAGGAAGAAGUGGAUGAAGAAGAGGAAGAGGAAAAACAGGUGGAGACACCUGUAGAGAAGGGCCAGCCCCCACCUGAACCGGAAGUGAUGGAAUCUGAUGAAGAGCCAGCACCCAUCCCAAGCCCUCAGGAAGACAUGGAGCAGGAUGAGCAGCUGCAGCAGGACCCUGUCUCCAGUUCACCAAAGCCCCAGGGAGACCCAAAUAGUGAGCUUCAGGAAGGUUUCCUGUACCCCUGUCAGCACUGUGAGCGUCGCUUUACCACCAAGCAGGGGCUGGAGCGUCACAUGCACAUCCAUGUCUCCACAGCCAGCCACUCUUUCAAGUGUCGCUAUUGUGGGAAGGCCUUCGGCACUCAGAUCAACCGUCGGCGCCACGAGCGGAGACACGAGGCCGGACCCAAGAAGAAACUAGGGGCGCUCUACAGCCCCCAGCUGCCAAUAGAAAGCUCAAGUCCAGAUCUCGUCGCCCCUUCUGGAAAUUUCAUCAUAAUGGGCUCCCAGAACAGAGGGAACCUUCAGGAUUCAUUUGAGUCUGACAAACAGAGCCCUGCAGAGGUGGAGAGGGCAGUAGACCUAAAUGAAAAUGGAGAUCCCAGGGACCUGCACCCGUGCAAGUAUUGCAAGAAAGUGUUUGGCACCCACACCAAUAUGCGACGGCACCAGCGCAGGAUUCACGAACGCCACCUACUCCCAAAGGGAGUCCGGCGGAAAGGAACGCUGUUGCAGGAAACUCAACAGCAGCAAGUACCUCCACAAGAAGAACUGGUGAACCCCAGUCCUCCCCCAGUCUAUGUGCCAAGUGGGGACUUGGAAGACGAGGGGGAUCCGGAUGAGGAGUAUAUGGUGAACAUCUCCAGCAAUAUUUCAGAGAACCUCAGUCUCUACAUUGAUGGGAAGAUCCUAUCAACCAGCAGCAUGAGCAACUGUGAAGUCAUCGAGGUAGACCCCAGCUCUGCCACUUUGUACAGCCUAGAUGCUUUGAUCGUUACCUCUGAUAAUGUGUCACAGGACUUUCAAGUGGAGGCCACCAACUGCACUGUGAAGGAGGUUCCCAGAGCAGGGCAACCAGCAAUAAAGAGGCGAACCACCAGUCCACCUCUGCUUACAAAAAUUAAAACAGAAGGGGAUCCUGAACCCAUAAUGCCUUCCUCCUCCUCAUCUUCAUCAUCCUCAUCCUCAUCCUCUUCUCUGAUGGGACAGCUCUACCCACAGGUCACUGACAGUUUAGCCUUCCAGAAGGAGAAAACAGUUUACCUGUCCCCAAAACUCAAGCAGCUCUUGCAGACCCAAGAGAGCCACAAGCCAGGUUUGUUCACUGAGGGACAUAGACUUGGACCGCCCUUAAUGUCGGUUACCACUUUGCCAUCUGGCUCAGGGAGGUUCAAGAGAAGGACGGCUUCCCCUCCAAACUCUCCACAGCACAGCCCAGUGCUUCGAGUUGACACAGGGAAGCCUGGAACAGAGGUUGGACCUCCGUUCCCCCUCAAGGUGCCAAAGCUGGAGAGCCACUGCAGCUCACCGGCCUGGAGCCUGUCAAGUCGAGAUGAAAGGGACACCGUUAGCCCACUCGGUGUGGACUCUUACAAAACCUCACCUGUCGACUGGCUGACUGGGAGAAGUGCAGGAAGCUCCUGCAACCAGCAGCCCUUAGACCUUUCCAACGGGGUCAAGCAGAAAACUGAGUGCAAAUCCAAGGGACAGGCUGUUGUUGAAGCUGUACUGGACCUCAGCAUGCACAGGAAGUCCUCCCCUGGGGGAGAAACAAAGAGAAUCGGAGGCCCCCAGCUUCUAAUCAGAAAGAAGAAACCUAACACCUGCAUGCUUCAGAAAGUGUUAAUGAAUGAGUACGGCGGAUUAGACAGUGCAAUGGAGACUGCAGAAGAGAUACACAAUACAGAAGGCAGCCCCAAUCAUCAUCCUGAUGCUGAUUUAGUUAUGGAUGCCUCUUCCGCUCCGCUUUCACCACUCCACAAUGCACUUUCCCCAGACACAGCUGUUGCAUCUGCACUUCAUCCUCCCCCACCUUCACUAACUCCUGUGAUCUUGCACCCACUGUCCCCUUCUACUCCAACCUUGACUGCCCCCACCCCACCUCUGCCAGUUCUGCCCACUGCCCCGUCACCCCUCCCAGACAUGUUUCCCACUCCAUUGUCCUCCUCCUCAUCUCCUUCAUCCCCUCUUCCAGUUUUGUCCCCCAAAGCCUCACCUAAUCCAGUCGAUACAUCUCCAUUGGAAUCCUCAUCCGCUCCACUUUUGGAUCCCUCCCCCUUUCUACUGGAUGCAUCUGUGGUUUGCAGCAUCGCUCCCCUUGAUUCCCUACCAGAUCAAGUUAAUCCUUUAGAUCCCAAUCCCAUAUCUCUCCAAGUUGAUACCACCCUUGCUCUUGAAGAUCCCUCAGCAGGCCCAGUGGAUCCUGCACAUCUCACUGCUUUGAGUCCCUUACAGAAAAAGGCUGAUACGUUGUCUUUAACUACGGAUCCUUCACCAAGCUCCGCUGAUCCCUCUAGUAACCCCCUGAAUGUCUCAACUGACUUGCUAUGUCCUGUGUCAGCUCCCCAGCUACCAUUACAGUGCCCUGUGGAUCCAGUUCCGGCUUUGGGUCCAUACCCUACUCCCAUCCCACAGGAACCUGCAGAACACCUUCUAAUUCCCACCACCAUGAUCAAGCAAGAGGAACAACAGCAGCAGGCACCACUCCGUUCUUCCCCUCUACACUCACCAGACCUGCCUGUUCUUGUAGCUUCGGUCCCAGUCCCCAGCCCCAGCUCCUCUCCUGCUCCAACUCUGCCUCCCCUCUUGAUCUCAGAGAUCUUACCUUUACCACCACUCCAACCAGACUCAAUUACAACAAAAAAAAAAUGUGGAGACAUGGAGCAACCAGCUGAUGUUGUCUCGCUUACCUCUGCGGUCACUCCCACACCUCCUGUUUCUUCUCUGCAGGAGGCCCCUUAUACUGAGGAAUUCCCCAGGCAGCAGAUGUUUUGCAAGAACUUUGUGUGCAAUGUCUGUGAGGCCCCCUUCCCCUCCAUUAAGGAGCUGAGCCGCCACAUCACGGUGCACUCUGAAGAGUGGCCCUUCAGGUGUGAGUUCUGUGUGCAGCUCUUCAGGGACGCAAACGUCCUGCUGGAGCACCGUUCCACCCUGCACGGUGUAGGCAGGAUCUAUGUUUGCUCCUUGUGCAGCAAGGAGUUUGCCUUCCUCUGCAACCUCCAGCAGCACCAGAGGGACCAGCACCCUGAUAAGGACUGCACACACAUAGAGAUGGAGAGUGGCAAACUCAGGCCACAGAACUACACUGACCCCAGUCGAGCCAGUCUGGAACCACCCAUCCCUCCUGCUGGAGACUGUGAUGCCUAUGCUCAAGGAGCCACUUCUCCUCAGACACGUCUUAGUUUUGAGAAUAGGAAGGUGAAGGAGGAGGAUGAGGAGGAACCUAAUGACUCCAGUGAGGAGCUCUACACUACAAUCAAGAUCAUAGCAUCUGGAGAGAGCAAACCCAAGGGGCCGGAUGUGCGGCUGGGUAUCAACCAACACUACCCUAGUUUCAAGCCACCCCCAUUUCCUUACCACAACCGGACGCCAGCUGGGUCUGUGGCCUCGGCUACCAAUUUCACUACCCACAAUAUCCCGCAGACCUUUAGCACGGCUAUCCGCUGCACAAAGUGUGGCAACAGCUUUGAUAACAUGCCCGAGCUACACAAGCACAUCCUAGCCUGUGCCUCGGCCAGUGACAAAAAACGUUACACCCCCAAGAAGAACCCUGUCCCCCUCAAACAGAUCGUCAAGCCACAAAACGGGUUGUUUUCUGCGGUGGCGGCUGGAGGUAAUGGUUCUGGUCAGAAUGCUUUCCGGAGGAUGGGCCAACCCAAAAGGCUUAACUUCAGCCAGGAGCCGUCCAACAAGAUGAAGCUGAGCGCCCUUAACAAGAAAAAGAACCAGCUGGUUCAAAAGGCCAUCUACCAGAAGAACAAAUCUGCUGCCACUGCAAAAAAGGCCUCCAGCCUUGCCCAGGAGGAGCCAGAAACUCAUGUCUGCCCGCACUGCAGCCGGGAGUUCACCUAUGUUGGGAGCCUAAAUAAGCAUGUGGCUGUGAGCUGCCCUCGGAAACCUGCUUCUUCAAAAAAAGCAAAGAAAGGUAGCAGCAGCAGUGGGGGUGGCCACUCUUUCCAAGAUAAGAACGAUAACCUCCGCAGACGAACUGCUGACUCGGAGAUUAAACUGCAGGGCUCGCAAGCCAAGCUAGGCAAAACCAGGGCCCGCAGUUCAGGACCGGCAGGCAACAUGGCCUCCCCUUCGAAAACACAACCCAGCAAACACAAAACUGCCCCACAGAUCCGACAAAAGCGUCCAUCUUCUUUCCAUUCUAGUUCAGUCCCGUACAGUAAGAAAAGCAAAAUGUCACCUAAGAGCAGCCCCCAGCAGCAUCCGUCUCUACCUGCAGCCCUGGGCAGUGGAUCUGAGAAACUGGUCAUGAGAAUGCAAAAAAAGGUGACCGAAGCCAAAGCACAGCAGCAGCCACAGCCACAGCAACAGUUACAGCUGAAGAAAGAAGAGCGAUUUUCUGUGAAGAUGCGAGAAAGGAGUGGCGGGCCAGUCACCCGCAGUUUACAGCUGGCCAGCAGCACAGCACAGAGCGAUGUCAAGGGGGAAGACGUCAGUGCAAACCAGGAAUCCAGAGAGCCUCAGGAACCUCUAUUAAAGAUGUCACGGUAGAGCAGUGACUGGUUAAAGAGAGAGAAUGAGAAAGGCAGCGAUACAAAGCACUUGGACCUGCUUCGGAGACCUUCAUCAGGGCUCACUAGACCAGCUCAUGUCGCCUCUCAAAUGGGGGAGAAACCUGUGAAUGCCUGCAGGCUGCUUCAUGAGGGAAAAUCUGAGGUUUUGAAGAAGGCAGGAGCCCUAAGGACAGCAGAAAUGAGCCAAGUCUGCGCUCUUGUGGAUUUAAAAAAAAAAAAAAGCAAGAAGAAAGCUUGGGAGCUUACCCAGAAUGCACUUUGGAAGGGAAACAUUAACUGGUUGACGUGUGUAUCGCAAAAACAUAACAAGUUAACAAUUUACCCUAUAGAUUAGGGUUAACAAAAUUACAUUGUAUGGCAAUCACUGUUCACACUGUUAGACACUCACAAAACCAGCCCGUUUCCUUUAUUGGUAUUGGGUUUUUUUUCUUUUGGUGUUCAAUCAUUAAGAUGCCUCUGGCUCCAAAUUGUCUCUUACUGCAUGCGGUAAAUAGUUGAGUAGCCUGACCCUGUUCUGUGUCUGUGUGCCCGUGUUAAACCCUGCACCUGAUGGAUAAUCACAAAUAAUUAUUGUUAAUAAUAAUAAUAAUAAAGGAAAUACAUAUUUCAUAUAGCUCCCUGGAUGUAAUGAGUUAUUUGUUACAGAAUCAUAUCUCUGUUGUAAAGAGCAGCUGAGAUUUGAGUUUGGAAACCCAGUUUGUGCAUCUGAUGGAACCAGUUUCCCUGCAUUGGCAAUAACGCAGCCGUUAAUGAUGAUAACAAAUGAAUGCUGUAUUCUGCCCCAUUUUAUAACCAAUUUCCAUUGAGAUUUAAUAACAUCAUCUGUGGCUGUGGAAGCAAAAGUCUUUCGAAUAUCCAAAGAAAUGACAUAUUGAUAAUGGAAUCAAGUUCUCCUGAAAUGCUACAUUUAGGAGUUGUCUGGUUGUGGGUAUUUUGGUAUCGGAUACACUUCAAUCAAAAAACACUGUAGCACCCCUUUAUGAUAGCUUGUUCCUAAUGUUAGUAUUCAAUCAAGCUUCCAGAUAUAGAACACGUCUCUGUAUGCGCACAAGUUCUACGAAAAUUUUAGAAUAUAAUGAAAUUGGAAGAAUUGAGGUUGCUAUAUUUUUUUGAUUGAUACUCAGAAAUGCGAUAAAUGCAGUUGGAAAUGUCUGCUGUUCAUCAGCAAUGCACAGUGAAUGGGUCAGAUGAGAUUAAAAACAUUUCUGGAUUUAUUUUUUAUGAUUCUUUGUAAAUGAGGUACAGAACAAAUAAAUGUUAUGUGUAGCAGAUGAUGACAGAUGAUUAUUUUGAACCGUGUCUACAGCUGAGUUGAUUGUUGUCAAAAUAGAUCUGAUGCACAAUUUUUACUACAAUUACCAGUUUUAGGGGGAGUCCCGUAGUUUCUAUGGGAGAAUAGAGAAGACAAACAGAAAAUAUAAGCCCACAGAAUCAAAUUUGCUUCUAAUUAUAAGCAGAGAGUAAAGUGUAGAAUAUUCAGUUAAUCAAAUUAAUUUGAAAUAGAGUAAUUCUUUUUUGCAGGUGUGUAGUGUCCUGCGCUGUGUCACAAUUUUAAAGAUCACAAUCCAAUAGAUGUUCAUGAUCAGAGUUGACUCUCAGACACUCCAGGUUUAUCUUCACAUCAUACAGAGACAAUUGGAGUGAUAGGGGCAGUGUUUUAAGCCUAGAGGGCUCUAACUGAAAACCUAAUGUGGCUUUUUUAAAAUUGUUUGUAAGGGUUUGCAUCAUGGAUAAUUGGGUAAGAAGUAAGCUUUCAUUUUCAUUUCAUUUUUUAUUUUAAUAUAGUCGCCCGUGUUUUGUUCCUUCCGCAAAAUAAUCUACCUCCUUUUAAAAAGUUUCGGUUUUGAUGCAUCUUUUAGUUGUCAAGUUUGUCGCCACUUUUGCUCUUUCAGUAUCAUUCCCAUUUUGU